AUGGCUGUCACAAUCGAUAGCACACCAGCAACACUGCUCCCUAUACCCAAGACUCAUCUCCUGAAAGGUCUCAAGCGCCAUGCCUCUGCGCCAGCACGCCCACCAAUGACGGUCGAUUUGUCCAAGAUCACCUCUCAGCUUCGUGUCGACCGAGACGAAUGGCGUACUACAGCGCAACUCCAGGAGCAGCAAAUUGCAUAUCAUGAGCAAGAACUCGAACACCAGCGGCAUGCCUUUGCUUUACUCGAGGAGCAGCACGCGGCAGUCGGUGCUGAGCGCAAAGAGAUCAUUCUGGCCAACGACAACCUCUUCACUCUCUUCCGAGAGGCGGUGAACAAGCACGACAAGCUUGCUGAUGACCUGAACGAAUCAAAACGUGCCACCGCCCGCCUGAAGAAGAGCGAUCGUGCCAAGGGCAAGGUGUUGCAGCGUAAUUUGAGGCUGAAGAGCACACUGCAGCGGAUCGGAAUGCAAGCAAGUUGCAGUCCAGCUGCGCCCAAUGCGAACACCGAGGCGUCGCUCCUGGAAGCUCUUGCGGCAGCAGCAGAGCGGAUCGACGAGCUGGAGAGCAAAGGGGAGGCGCUGCUGGAAGCACUUGAGACGAGAGAUGAUAGCAGCGAGAAUGAGGAGGAAGACGAUGGAAAUGCCAAGUUGUUGGAGGCUGCGGUGGCGAUUCGAGGAGUGCUUGACGAGGAGUCGUUCGCAGAGCAGAAACAGCAUUGGGAGAUCUUGUUGGCCGAGUGA